CUGAAAUUUACUAUGAAGAGUCAUUGUAGGUUCGAGCAUCUCGGCUUUCAUCAUUGCUCAACAACAACCAGACGUUGCGCGUCUUUCUCUCUUCGACUGUUCUCUUGUACCAUGGCUUUGCGACUCUCUGCCCGUCGAAUUACAGGUGCGCUCCACGCGCCUCGAGUCAAUUGCUCACUCGUUCGCCAUGCUUCAACCACAGCUGCGGUUCAGGGCUCCAGCUUACCGCAAGACUUAAAGGACUCAAUAGCAAGAGAAGCUUCUCUUGCGACACCUGAUCCUCCCUCGUCCUCCAAAACCGCCGGUCUUGUAAACCAACAGCUUCCUUAUAUGGUACCGACCUAUGUCCGACCACCGCCCAUGUUUGAAAAAGGAGAAGGAUGCUAUCUUUGGGAUGUAGAAAACAGGCGUUAUCUUGAUUUUACCGCGGGAAUUGCUGUCAACUCACUGGGACACUGCGAUGAGGGGGUUGUACAGGUCAUCGCCCAGCAGGCGUCACAGCUAAUGCAUACCUCGAACCUGUAUCACAACCCACAUACCGGAGUUCUUUCGAAGCAACUUAUCCAACUUACCCACGCGACUGGUGGCUUUGCUUCAGCUACCCGCAGUUUCAUUUGCAACAGCGGCUCGGAAGCCAAUGAGGCAGCUAUCAAAUUUGCUCGUAAAGUAGGCAAAUCGAUAUCCCCGGAUAAGCCCAAGCACGACUUUGUCUCCUUCCAUAACUCGUUCCACGGCCGAACAAUGGGCAGUUUGAGCGCAACGCCGAACCCCAAAUAUCAGAAGCCAUUUUCCCCAAUGGUGCCGGGCUUUAAAUACGGUACUUUCAACGACGUGGAAGGUAUUGAACAGCUAGUCACUGAAGAAACCUGUGGAGUCAUCGUUGAGCCGAUCCAGGGUGAGGGCGGUGUCAACGUUGCAACCCCGGAAUUCCUGGUCGCUCUUCGAAAACGGUGUACCGAAGUGGGAGCCGUACUUAUCCAUGACGAGAUUCAAUGUGGCUUAGCCAGGACUGGUAGAUUUUGGGCUCACAGUGCGUAUCCCAAGGAAAGCCAUCCGGACAUUGUGACUUCAGCAAAGGCGCUCGGCAAUGGUUUCCCUAUUGGUGCGACUAUCAUCAAUGACUUUGUCUGUGAUCACAUUAAAGUGGGUGAUCAUGGUACCACGUUUGGCGGUAACCCAUUGGGAUGCCGAGUAGCAUCUCACAUUCUCUCCCGACUAUCCUCACCCGACAUCCUUGACUCCGUGCCCCAGAAAUCAGCUGUGUUCCAGCAGCAUUUCGAUUCCUUACGACAACGAUUCCCAGAGAAGAUUGAAGAAGCUCGUGGACAAGGUUUAAUACUUGGGCUUCAGCUUGAGGUCGAUCCUACACCUAUCAUCACUGCAGCCAGGGAGAGAGGCUUGCUCGUCAUCAGUUGCGGCACCAACACUCUUCGUUUUGUCCCACCACUUACCAUCUCUGAGGCUGAAAUUAACGAGGGUAUGACCAUUCUGGGUGAUGCCAUGCAGAGCAUCUGGGCCGAAGGUGAGCAAGUGAAGGGCACCAAGGGCCAACAGGAGAUGCAAUAG